AAGGAAACAUCACCAUGUUGAUACUGGCUUAUAACUGUUAUCUUCAGCCAACAUGCCCCUAACCUACUAGUCUUUAGCCUUUGCAACAUCAAUCUUCCUCAUAACAAGAUUACCAACAACUGACCUGUCCAACAUCUCAACUUACCAAAAAAUUUUUAACCUAUCACCAAAUUAUCAAAAUUUUCGUACCUUUGGUUGUGUGUGCUUCCACAGGUUACGACUGUAUGUGUCAAAUAAACUUGAAAACCAGUCCACACCAUGUAUUUUGUUGGCUAUUCCUUAACUUAAAGUGCUAUUUAAUGUCUUCAUCCAAUCACUGGUCGCAUAUAUGUCUCUUUUCAUGUUCGUUUCAUCGAAUCAGAGUACCCAUUCCCUUAGCUCAUACAGACCAUAGAACCAACAUAGACCUAACUCUGAAUUUUUUCCUACUUCUUCUUUGAACCAUCCCUACAUCCAUUCUUUGAGACACCUUACACCACAAAUUCCCAUAUCCUCGUCACUCGUACAAUCGCCUGCGCCAGCUCUGAGCAAUCAUCCCUUGAACAAUGAUUCAUCACCAUUAUCAUCAACGCAACCACCACUGCUCAUGGUGCAACAGUCAACAGUAACUUGGCUUUUUCAUCAACAUUAACUCCCACUCCAUCAGUGGCAGAAUGAGGACCUCCUACUGUCAACACAGAAGCAACAAUACCUACAUGAGAAGCACCACAAGAUGAUCUGAGACACUCCAUAACAACUAGCUCUGGAAACCUUUUUGGGGUUUUUUUUUUGGUUUUUCUUUUUUAAUUUUAUCUUAAAAUCCAAAAUUCUUUUUAAACUAUUUUCUAAUUAUUAUUUUAAAUUCUACAAUCUUAACUUUUUUUAAAAUCCUACGCCCAACCCUUCAAACCUUAAUUCUAAAUUUAACCUUACAGAUAUAAAUAUCACUUUACUUUAAUGAAACAUUCAUAAUUCUAAAUUAUUUAACCUUAUAUAUAUAAAUGUCAUUUUACUUUAGUGAAACAUUUUGGUCAUAGUAUAUGCUAUAUUUAUGGUAAAAAAAAAAUAGUUCUAUCAUAGAGUAUUUAUCAAAUAUAUAAACUAGGAUUUUAGUUUAUUGAAUUAAAGAUUUUCGGUUUUUACUAAAUAAUAAAAUAUAUAUUUCCAGUAACGCCUCACCAUAAGAAGCUGCUUAAGUUUCUAACUUUCAGUUUAUUCAUCAGCACAAACUCAAAUAAAGAUCUUCUGCAUCAUCAACACUAAAUGUCAAGAAACACAAAAAAUAAUAAAAUGAAUAAAUAAGAAAACAUAAAUCUUUCUAUACGAUGGGAAAACUCAUCAGUGUCACCGCAUCUCCUCCUCUCUGUGUCCGAUCAAAGGUCCUCUGUUUCUCACUUGUCUACUUACUCACCACACUUUCCCUGUUUCUCUACGUCUCUCUCUCAAGAAACCAAUGCAUCUUUCGAUACUCACCGUUCGAUCCGAUCCAAACAAAAAUAUUCUCGUUUCCUUCUUCUUACGGUGAACACAAAUACGCUCUUCCUACUCAUAGAUCUUCUUGCUCUUCCCCUGUUUUCUUCUCAGAUUACUGGACAGUGUUGAAUGAGAUACGUAGUAUCUGCAGAGAGUCAUCAUCAUCUGAAACUUUGAGAUACAUUCACGGCAAAAGCGAAACUUUCGGUGGAAACUUGAGUACCCAGAAGAGAUUUUCUUACUUUAAUCAUUCGAACAACGACGUCGAAGUUCCAUGUGGUUUCUUCAGAGAUUUCCCGAUCAGCAACUCCGAUAGAGCUGAGAUGGAUAAAUGUGAACUAGUAGUUGCAUCAGCCAUUUUCAACGACCAUGAUAAAAUCAGACAACCAGUGGGACUUGGAGUUAAAACCCUAGAAACCGUUUGUUUCUACAUGUUCAUCGACAACAAAACCCUAAACUCUCUCUUCCAACACAAUGUCAUCUCUAAAAACAAUCCAAAAGACUACAGAAUUGGCGCGUGGAGAAUCAUCAAAAUAUCAGAGUCAUUUAAUCUAUACCCUAAUCCGGCUAUGAACGGGGUUAUACCAAAGUAUCUAAUACACAGAUUGUUUCCAAACUCAAAGUUCAGUAUAUGGAUCGACGCAAAGAUCCAGCUCAUGAUUGAUCCGCUACUUUUGAUUCAUUCCAUGUUGGUGAUUCCUGAGGUCGAUAUUGCGAUAUCUAAGCACCCCUUCUUUGUAAAUACAAUAGAGGAGGCUAUGGCUACUGCACGGUGGAAGAAAUGGGGAGAUGUUGAUGGGCUAAGGAUGCAAAUGGAGACUUAUUGUGAGCAUGGUUUAAAGCCUUGGAGUUCUCAUAAGCUGCCGUAUCCCACAGAUGUACCAGACAGUGCGAUGAUACUGAGAAAACAUGGAAGACGAAGCAACCUAUUCUCGUGCUUCAUGUUCAACGAACUAGAAGCGUUUAACCCGAGAGACCAGUUGGCAUUUGCGUUUGUGAGGGAUCACAUAAACCCUAUGGUGAAAAUGAACAUGUUUGAGGUCGAAGUUUUUGAGCAAGUAGUUGUUGAAUACAGACACAAUCUCAAGAAGAUUGAGACAUCUUCGUACGAGGACAAAGAAGAAGAGCAGAAACAAGAAUCAAUGAGAACAAUACGGAACAGAAGAAGAUGGCUAGAUCAUGAAUCAUGGUCUCUCAAUAGUAGUAGUUGUGAGAGUUAUCUCAUGGAGAUGUGGGGUGAUCACCUUUGAUUUUUUUUCUCUUCAUGGAGCCGAUUUUUUAACUUGUUAACGUUAUUUCCACUACAGGUUUUCAAAAUUAUAC